GAUGCUGAUCCCAGAAGGACUAAGUUGAGUUUCCGGUUUCCCAUGAUGACUCCUUCUUUUGGAAUGUCCGCUAAACAUACAUUGUGUAACAUUGUAUAGUGUGGAUGAGAGAAUUAUGAAAUAUAUCACAGGAUGGACUCUACAACAAUGGAUCUCUUUGAUGUGGUUUGCAACGUUGAUUCAAAUUUCUGACUGUAGGUCUAACUGCAGCACUCCUUUAAACAUCCGGGACAAGUGGUACUUCCGGGACGAGCCUGGAUCUGUGUUAAGGGUCAGAAAGAAAAGUCUGGUUUUUAAACAAGCAGGAAAGAAGACGACACGCUAUAAAUGUUUGGAGGCUAAAGGCCAAACCUUCAUGCUCAGAACUCGGGUUAAUGAAGAAAACGCCCAGGGAAUAGUGUGUAUAGCAUUUGUUUCUGUUGAUGUACCCAAGGCUGAUUUCAGUGUAUGGAGAUUGUCACAAAAAGCAGCUGGCCACCCUUUAAUGGCCCCCGUUUUGGUACCCGCUUUGGUGACUCCAAGUAUCAACAAUAUGUGUAACGGAGUCCAGACACAAAUACAGUACUUUGUACAUAGGGCAAAAAAGACGUGUCGGUUCCCUCCAACCAUCAGACUCAUGUGGCAGACGACAAUACAGGGAGCCUGGCGGUUAUCAUUUACAAAAUACGAUAUGUACUUUAUCACAAUGAAUAGAACCACACUGCACUUCAGCUGCGACACGAGAGACAAGGACAAUUUUAUUUUAAGGGCCAAUAACAUACAGAAAGGGAUAGACGGGAUUCUCUGCCUUCGUAUUCUACCGCUGUCUGGAGAUCCUUACUACAGAUUCAAAAUUUCCAGGACAAAUUCUGGAAGGGAUGACUCAGUUUUUCACAUGGUGAAAAGAGUACCGCAUGGUCAACGAUUUCGUCUGUACAGAGAUUGUAACUUAAUUGAGAGUCCAGCACGGCCACAAUUUUUAUAUCCUUAAUGUGCUCCAUGGGUUAGACCAUGAAAUUUGACGCACUCAGCUGUUUCUUUCAUGCGAUGAAAAACUUAAAAUGAAAAACUCUUAAGAAGAGCGCAGACUAAGGGUCCGGUAAACCCUUUCAGGGUAACUCGGCGGACAAUGGAUAUUAAAUGAUGUUAAUACUGAUGCUAAUAUCGGUUUUAAACAAGUAAACUUUUCAGUGAAGGAUGGGACAAAAGUCGCUUAAAAGUU